UCCCUCCUUUUUUUUUUUUUUUUUUUUUUAUCUUCCCCUUUCCCCCUCGCAAUUCCUUACGCCCCUCCUCUUCCCCUCCGCUCCUAAUCAGAGACCGCCUUCACGUUCGGUUUCAAAAGGUUCGUCACCCAAUGAAUAACAGGGUGGGUCUCGAGUGGCGGACCGGCCUGCCAAUGCCCGGCCGCCAAGGGCGGAGCGCCCGGAGCCGACCUCUGACGGUGGACGGCGUGUGACGCAGUCAGGCCUCUGCGCGCUGCGCCCGAAGCGGCGGUCGGUGGCUGCGGCGGCGGCAGCGGCGGCGACGGUUUCCUGGAGGCCGCGCGCUGCUCUGGUGAGCGGCGGGUGACGGACGGACCUGGGCUCUCACUCCAGACGUACCGCUNUUUCUGAAGCAAACACUUGCUUUGAAGAUGUUUAACAAAUCAUUUGGAACCCCCUUUGGGGGUGGUACAGGGGGCUUUGGCACAACAUCAACAUUUGGACAAAAUACUGGCUUUGGUACUACUAGUGGAGGAGCAUUUGGAACAUCUGCAUUUGGUUCUAGCAACAAUACUGGUGGCUUAUUUGGAAAUUCACAGACCAAACCAGGAGGAUUAUUUGGUACCAGUUCAUUUAGCCAGCCAGCAACCUCCACAAGCACUGGUUUUGGGUUUGGCACAUCAACAGGAACAUCAAAUAGCUUGUUUGGAACUGCAAGUACUGGAACCAGUCUUUUCUCAUCCCAGAACAAUGCAUUUGCACAAAAUAAACCAACUGGCUUUGGGGAUUUUGGAACCAGCACUAGCAGCGGAGGACUCUUUGGAACUACAAAUACCACCUCUAAUCCUUUUGGUAGCACAUCUGGCUCCCUCUUUGGGCCAAGUAGUUUUACAGCAGCACCUACAGGAACUACCAUCAAAUUUAAUCCUCCCACUGGUACAGAUACUAUGGUGAAAGCUGGAGUUAGCACUAACAUCAGUACCAAGCAUCAGUGUAUUACUGCUAUGAAAGAAUAUGAGAGCAAGUCAUUAGAGGAACUUCGUUUGGAGGAUUAUCAGGCUAACCGGAAAGGCCCACAGAACCAAGUGGGAGCAGGUACCACGGCUGGCUUAUUUGGGUCUUCUCCAGCAACCUCCAGUGCAACAGGACUGUUCAGCUCCUCCACCACUAAUUCAGCCUUUUCAUAUGGUCAGAACAAAACUGCCUUUGGAACUAGCACAACUGGAUUUGGGACAAAUCCAGGUGGUCUCUUUGGUCAACAGAAUCAACAGACUACCAGUCUCUUCAGCAAACCGUUUGGCCAGGCUACAACCACCCCAAAUACCGGCUUUUCCUUUGGAAAUACCAGCACCCUUGGACAGCCAAGCACCAAUACCAUGGGCCUAUUUGGAGUAACCCAAGCCUCACAACCAGGAGGUCUUUUUGGGACAGCUACAAACACUAGCACUGGGACGGCGUUUGGGACAGGAACAGGUCUCUUUGGGCAGCCCAAUACUGGAUUUGGUGCCGUUGGUUCGACCCUGUUUGGCAAUAACAAGCUUACAACUUUUGGAACCAGCACGACCAGUGCUCCUUCAUUUGGUACAACCAGUGGCGGGCUCUUCGGUAACAAACCAACCCUGACUUUAGGAACCAAUACAAACACUUCCAAUUUUGGGUUUGGCACAAAUAACACUGGGAGUAGUAUUUUUGGAAGUAAGCCAGCAGCCGGGACUCUGGGAACUGGACUUGGUACAGGAUUUGGAACAGCUCUUGGUGCUGGACAGGCAUCUUUGUUUGGAAACAACCAACCUAAGAUUGGAGGGCCUCUUGGUACAGGAGCCUUUGGGGCCCCUGGAUUUAAUACUUCGACAGCCAUUUUGGGCUUUGGCGCCCCCCAGGCCCCAGUAGCUUUGACAGAUCCAAAUGCUUCUGCUGCCCAGCAGGCUGUUCUCCAGCAGCACCUCAAUAGUCUAACAUACUCACCUUUUGGAGACUCCCCUCUCUUCCGGAAUCCUAUGUCAGAUCCUAAGAAGAAAGAAGAGAGAUUGAAACCAACUAAUCCAGCAGCUCAGAAAGCUCUUACAACACCUACUCAUUAUAAACUUACACCUCGCCCUGCUACCAGAGUCAGGCCAAAGGCUUUGCAAACAACAGGUACAGCCAAAUCACAUCUCUUUGAUGGGCUGGAUGACGAUGAACCAUCUCUAGCAAACGGAGCAUUCAUGCCUAAAAAGAGCAUCAAGAAAUUGGUUUUGAAAAAUCUUAACAAUAGCAACCUCUUUUCUCCUGUUAAUCAUGAUUCAGAAGAUUUAGCUUCACCCUCUGAGUAUCCAGAAAAUGGAGAGAGAUUUAGCUUCCUGAGCAAACCUGUUGAUGAGAACCAUCAGCAGGAUGGAGAUGAUGACUCUCUUGUAUCACGAUUUUACACUAAUCCUAUUGCCAAACCCAUUCCACAAACUCCAGAGAGCGUUGGAAACAAAAAUAACAGUAGCAGCAAUGUGGAAGAUACCAUUGUUGCUUUGAACAUGCGUGCUGCUCUGCGCAAUGGACUGGAGGGAAGCAGUGAAGAACCGUCUUUCCAUGAUGAGUCAUUGCAGGAUGACCGAGGGGAGACAGAAAACAAUGCUUGCCACAUACAUCCAGCAGGCAUUGUUCUCACAAAAGUUGGUUAUUAUACUAUCCCAACUAUGGAUGACCUUGCUAAAAUUACCAAUGAGAAGGGAGAAUGCAUUGUUUCUGACUUCACUAUUGGCCGUAAAGGGUAUGGCUCAAUCUAUUUUGAAGGAGAUGUGAAUUUGACAAAUCUAAAUUUGGACGAUAUUGUGCAUAUCCGGAGGAAAGAAGUUAUUGUCUAUGUAGAUGAUAACCAAAAGCCACCUGUGGGUGAAGGGCUAAAUAGGAAGGCUGAAGUUACUUUAGAUGGAGUUUGGCCAACAGAUAAAACAUCCCGGUGUUUAAUAAAGAGUCCAGAUCGACUUGCUGAUAUCAACUACGAAGGGAGAUUAGAAGCAGUCUCAAGAAAGCAAGGGGCCCAGUUCAAGGAGUAUCGGCCUGAAACUGGUUCUUGGGUGUUUAAGGUCUCCCACUUUUCUAAGUAUGGCCUUCAGGACUCUGAUGAAGAGGAGGAGGAACACCCACCCAAAGCUACUUCAAAGAAGCUCAAGACUGCCCCUUUGCCCCCUGCAGGCCAGGCAGCCACUUUCCAGAUGACUCUUAAUGGCAAACCUGCACCCCCACCUCAGAGCCAGAGCCCAGAAGUGGAGCAGUUAGGCAGGGUUGUGGAGCUGGACAGCGACAUGGUAGACAUCACCCAGGAGCCAGUUCCGGAUUCUGUGUUAGAGGAGAGUGUGCCUGAGGAUCAGGAGCCCGUGUCUGCUUCAACACAUAUUGCAUCUUCACUGGGAAUUAAUCCACAUGUUUUACAGAUCAUGAAAGCAUCAUUGCUUAUUGAUGAAGAAGAUGUCGAUGCCGUGGAUCAACGCUUCGGUCACUUCCCUUCCAAAGCAGAGACUGUUCAGGAAAUCUGUUCUCCUAGACUCCCCAUUUCAGCCUCCCACUCAUCAAAAUCCCGCUCCAUAGUUGGUGGGUUGCUGCAAUCAAAAUUUGCAAGUGGAACUUUUCUUUCACCAAGUGCCUCCGUGCAAGAAUGUCGCACUCCCAGGACAUCAUCUCUCAUGAACGUCCCAUCCACAUCCCCCUGGUCUGUCCCUCUGCCCCUGGCCACUGUGUUCACAGUGCCCAGCCCAGCCCCUGAGGUUCAGCUAAAAACAGUGGGAAUACGAAGGCACCCAGGCCUAGUCCCUCUUGAAAAAUCCAUUACGUAUGGCAAGGGGAAGCUCUUGAUGGACAUGGCCCUCUUCAUGGGACGUUCAUUUCGGGUUGGUUGGGGUCCCAACUGGACUCUUGCUAAUAGUGGAGAACAACUGCAUGGCCCCCACCAACUGGAAAAUCAUCAGGUUGCUGAUUCUAUGGAAUACGGAUUCCUGCCCAAUCCAGUAGCUGUUAAAUCUCUAUCUGAAUCCCCAUUCAAAGUUCAUUUGGAAAAACUUGGCUUGAGACAGAGGAAGCUGGAUGAAGAUCUGCAGUUAUACCAGACACCUCUAGAGCUCAAAUUAAAACAUAGCACUGUCCAUGUAGAUGAGCUGUGUCCUCUCAUUGUCCCCAAUCCUGGGGUCUCCGUCAUUCAUGAUUAUGCAGAGUGGGUUAAGAAAUCACCCAGAGAUUUGCUGGAACUGCCAAGUAAGUACACAUCAUGCUGCUAAUCUUCAUCCUAGGAGUCAGGUCAACAGUUGCAUGUGUUUCUAGGAGGAUGUAUUUCCUUAUGGGUAUCAGGUGACUUCCUGUGCUUACAUAUUGCUGCAGUUCACCUGGGGCAAGAAGAAAGAAAUUGAGUUACUGUUUUUAUUCAUUCUUGUGGCUUGUAAUACUUCCUCAGAGACC